GGGUGCAGCGGGCGAGCUGGCGACCGGCCCUGCCGCGUCCCCGGGCAGGAGAGGGGGAAAGCGGGGAGGCAUGUGCAGCCGAGGGCGACGGGGCUCUAUUGUGGAGUUCCGGCGGGGGAGCCUUUGCAGGGCGCUCCGCUGAUUCGGAGGAUGUCCUGGGAGAGAGAGGCUCUCGCGGGUUGCUUUGGAGAGUUACGGGGCUGCGAUGCCGGGGUAGAGGAGUCGCCAGGCGGGUGCAGAUAAAAUGGGGAAUUCGGGGUCUCUUUGCCUGGCGGAGCUACGGGCGGAGGGGCAGCGCGCCCGGCUUUGGGGGAAGAGCUAGAUGGCAUUAUGUGGGAGGCUUCCCGGCUAGGGAGGUGGGCGACUAGGGGGCGAGGGUUUAUUUUUCCUCUGCUGCGGUGGGGCUUGUGGGGGAGAGAAGGCGGGUCAAUUUCUGGUGUGCAAGAGGCCUUGGGGAAAUAUUUUUAAUUAGCUCAGAAGAAGCAGCUGUUAAUUGGGGUGCGGUAGUUUUCUCCAGAGGACGACCUGGUAAUAGAAGGAUGGAGGGCGGAGGACUGAGUGGAUCUGUGGCGGAUCCCGUUGAAGGCUUUUGUGGGUUAAAGGCUGUACGGCAUAGAAAUUCUUUCCUGUGAUGGGUUUAUGAUUCUGUACAAGAUAAUCCUCUUCAUUUGGGUGCCUGUGAACCAUGCCAGCUUUGUCUGUGAAAAAUUAGGGCUUUGAGAAGAAAGAUUCCUCUGAAUUUGACUUUAAUAGGAGAGUACCCUGUUACAUUUUUUUGAGCUGCUGAUGUCUCAUAUAAUGCUUCAUGUUAAUUUAAAUGCAGUGAAGGUUUUGUAGGUCACUCAGUUUAUUCUCUUAAUUUUAUCUGGAUAUCAAAGACACUAUAUUGAUUCCUGUGUAAAUAUACUACUCAUAUGAUUGUAUUGUAUGUUGAUGUUUUUUGAUGGAAACUACCUUUGAGUAGCUGGUUAACUUUUAGUCAGGUUGACUGUAACCAUAAAGCGAUUUAUUACUAUUGAAAGUGUAACCCUCUUAUUCCGUUACAUUCAAUCUGGGAAAGAUAUAGAGACUUCAUAACUCUUUGCUUCCCAUUAAUUGUAAUAAUUUGAUUGCAGAAACUUUUAUUUGCAUUCCUGAGACAUUACUUUUCUUGUUUUGGGAAAAUAUUGCUGUUGUGUGGAAGGGAGUGGGAAAGAAGGUGUGGAUACUCUCAGGAGAUACCAAGUCUGAAUAAUAGAUCUUAGGCUGUAAGAUUUUGGGGUGGAACUAUAUAAAGAGAAAUUCUGUUCACUUGCAGGAUUACACAUCUGAUUAUUUAAAGGUCUUACAGAACUACUGAAAGAAGCAAUACUCCAAUUCAACAGGGUAACUUCCUUUCAUAAGGCGUUGUUAGAUACUGGAGCAAACCUUAUCAGGUUUUUUUAGGAAUAACAUUCAGCAAGGGAGUGGUGGGUUUUUCCACCGUUAAAUGUUUCCCCAAGCCAUGUCUGCUUUUGGGGAUGCCCAUGAAUGGUAUAUGGGAGCUCUGAGUCGGCAGGAAGCAGCUGCAUGUCUCCAGGGCCACCACCAUGGAACCUUUCUGGUACGGGACAGUACUACGUGCCCUGGUGACUACGUGCUCUCCGUCAGUGAAAACUCCAAGGUGUCACACUACAUCAUCAACAGCCUCCCUGGACGUCUACGGAUUGGGGAGCAUGAGUUUGAUGGUUUUCCAGCUCUUUUAGAUUUCUACCGCCUGCAUUACCUGGAUACUACCACCCUGGUAGCCCCCAUGGGACGGGUUGUAGCCCCUUCCUCUGCCCAGCCGCCUCCUGCUGGCGAGUGGGUCCGUGCCCUCUAUGACUUCGUUGGCCGUGACCAGGAAGACCUUCCCUUCACCAAAGGGGAGCCUUUGCGAGUUUUGGCCAAGCCAGAAGAGCAGUGGUGGACAGCUCAGCGUGCCGAUGGGCGUGUGGGUAUGAUACCUGUGCCAUAUGUCCAGCCUUGUCCAUAUGCUCAUCCCAGCAGCCAUGGCGCCCCCCGACAUGCACCCGUAAUAGCCAGAGCAGUGCAGCGAAGGGUGCCUGGUGCCAGUGACAAAACAGCAUUGGCCUUUGAGGUGGGUGAUCUCAUUGCAGUCACCAAGAUGAAUGUCAAUGGCCAAUGGGAGGGAGAGCUGAAUGGGCGCCGUGGGCACUUCCCCUUCACCCAUGUCAAAGUCCUUGACUCUGAGGAGGCCAGCUGAACAUCCAAUGGAACACUUGAACUGCUGCUGUCCUUGACGGGAUCAUAGUGCUCUGAAUUCUGACCCAUCCCUUUAAACUUCAUGAACUUUUUGACAUGAACUUUGAAUUUUGACCUCUUCCAUGGGCUCUUUUGAGGAUCCAGCUUAGUUCCUUGGAUAUGGGCUCUUUGACCAUCUUGACCUCCUUGACUUAAGGCGGCUUCUCCUUGAUAACAUUAUUCUUAAAUGCUAUUGUAGUAGAUUUGAUACACUUUGA